UCUCAAUUUUUUUGCGUUGCCGAUUUGAGUUCAAAAUGGCGGCUUUGGCAGCCACGAAAAAUUCUCUUUUGGGUCUCCCGACCCUAGUAAUAAGGAGCAGUGCUAGUACGGUGGUGUGCCUGCAGCCUCACCGAUCCAAGAGCACCUACCAUCACUCUCUCGUCCCCAAGGGCAGGGGAGGAAGGUCAUCGUUCAGUGGUAUCGUAGCAGCCGUCUUCGGCGGCAAUGGCUUCCUUGGAAAGUACAUUGUCAAUAGGCUUGGUCGAGAGGGCUCCCAGGUAGUCGUACCCCAUCGAUGUGAUGAAUACUAUGUUCAAUCCAUGAAGAUGAUGGGUGAUCUCGGUCAAAUCAUGUUCAGGCAAUACGAACUCCGUCAACACGAUAUGAUCAGAGACAUCGUCAAGCAUUGCACUGUGGUCGUCAAUCUACUCGGCAAAGACUUUGAAACAAGGCAUUUUACAUUUGAAGACAUCAACAUCGAGGCCCCCAGAAACCUUGCCAAGAUUUGCAAAGAGGCUGGUGUACCCAGACUAAUUCACGUGUCCGCCUUGGGCGCCGAUAUGGCCUCUCCAGCCAAAUUCCUCAGGACAAAGGCUGCUGGAGAAAGGGUUGUUCGGGAGGAGUUUCCAGAGGCCGUCAUCGUCAGACCAGCUCAGAUGUAUGGACGUGAAGAUAGAUUCUUCAACCAUUUUGCAAACCAAAGAUUCUUUGGUGGUGUUCCCUUGUAUCCAUCUGCUAGGAAAGUUAUCAAGAGACCUGUUUAUGUUUCUGAUGUUGCACAAGCCAUCAUGUCAAUCAUCAAUGAGAAAGAUGCAGACGGAAAGACUUAUGAGCUGGCUGGACCUAAUGGCUACCGCUUGACUGACCUAGUGGAUUUCAUCUACCGAGUGACCCGCCGACCUUACAUCCGAUACCCUGUACCUCGCCCCAUCCUACGACUCGUCGCCCGAGGGUUUGAACUCUCACCCUUCGACCCCUUCCUGACCAGGGACAUGCUGGAACUGCAACAUACAACUGAUGUAGUCCGGAGCGGCAUGCCAGGUCUCGAGGAUCUCAACGUCACACCGACCACCGUCGAGUACGCCGCCAUCAGGGGACUCCGAAGACAUCGUUCAGACAGAUACUUUGACCUCGGUAUCGAUGAGGUUGAGGGUCCCCUUAUAAUCAAAUAAUGAUGGCAUUCAUUAGGAUUAUUUUUGCAAGAAUACACUAUUUGUCAAAUAAGAAAAAGUACAUUAUUCAUGUAUGACUCAAUAUUGAAACUCGGUAUAAUGAAUUCAAUUAACACAUCUUUGAUGAGAAUCUCAUCCAAUUUAUUAUGAAUCUUGAUUGAUAUUUUGAAGAUUUUGAAUUAUUAUCAAAUCAUACUUUGGUUUUAAGAAAUUGUUUUAAAAGAAUUAAUUGUAUCGGGAGUAUUUCAUCAACAACAGAUCUGACAACUUUCCUUGAUUGCCUAAGAAUGCGGUGUUGCUAUGGUAAUUGUCGGAUAAAAUGUUUGACAAUUCCUUUCAUGAAACGCCCCUCAGGGGAGCGUUUCAUCAAUAUUUUCAUCUGACAAGUUGUCAGAUCUGACAUCUUUCAUUGAUUCUGAUUGGCUGAGAGGCACUGUUCCUAUGGUACUUGUCGGAUAAAAUGUCCGACAAGUCCUUUCAUGAAAUGCCCCUCAGGAUUGUUUGUCAGGAGCAUGAAGAGUAGCUAUGAUAAAGUAUCAUUGAAUGGUCUUUCCAGCCUAGAUUUAAAAUAAAUUGCAAGUUUGUCAAUACUUUGAUAUAUACCAUUUUAUUUUAAAUUGAAAUUCUCAGAUGGUUCGUGUUUUAUUGAGUGUUACAUAGGAUUCCAGGAGCCCAUAACACAAAGCUUAAUACUGGUUGAUCUUACAGUUGAUUUGCAAACAAUGAGCAAUGUAAUCAAACACAAAGUUCAGCCCUGUGUUCAUUUGGGGGCCUGAUUAUUGCUAAGUAUUUCUUCCAAAUUUGGAAGGAAAGAUUAAACUUGUGUUGGUACAUUUGUAAUUUUGCACCGUAGAAUUGAUGUCUGGCCUUGAGGAACUGGGACUCUGUCCCCCACCUCCAUUUAAGCUUUGGACCCGUGCCAUAGACAAGGAUUAUUGGUUUACCCCAAAAGUUUUUUUAAUUCUCUGGAUUUCCAGACCCACAUAUUCAAGUCUGUGUAUGUGAUAUACCCAACAGCCUAUCCACAAACUUAGCACUCAUACCUUGUUUUGAGAGCUGUAUUGAUCUAGAUGAUCGUAUGCAAGUGAGCUUUUUCAGCAGACAUGUUCAUCAUUCAAUGUGAAGUGACAUUGACAUAAAUGAACAAAUCUAUGACAUUUUGUGGUAUUCUUGCACAAUUUAUUGUAUAUAAAUAUAAGAAGUUUGAACAAUGUUAUGCACCGAUGAUGUGGUUCAUUCAUGGUGUAAUAAAGAAUAGAUGAUAUUUAA